AUGUAAAUAAUCAUAAAAGCCAAUGAUGAAUAGAAUAAAGUUUAGGAUAUUAUUAGAGGACUAUUGGUCUAAUAAUCACUGAGUAUGAGCAUCAGGUAUUCUAAAUAAACAAAAUGAAUAGAAAAAGCAAAGUGGAAAAGAAAUAAGAAGAGAUAAUUAUACUAACCUAAUAAGUGUCAGAAUCAAAAUUUGGAAGAAUUUAAAAAUAAAAAUUAGAUUUAAUCAAUUUUUUUUACAAAAACAAUAGUCUUUCCAUUUAUCUUCAAAGUAAUCCUCAAAGUUACUGCAAUACUGCAAAAAUUAAAAAUUUAGUUCAGAAUUAACAUCUUUUUAAGUUCAUAGAGUCAGAGCCUUUCAAAUUGAUAGCAAAUGGGAUUAGCACAGAGGGAAUCAUUCUAUCUUCCAUGUCUUUUUUUGAUAGUAAUUAAUUGAAUUCAUUUUUUGGAUUGAAAGGGAAGAAUAUUAUCCCCUUUACCGCAAUAUUAAAGGGCUAAAUGAAACACCUAGUUAGAAAUUUCUGGGUUCUUCUAGCCUGA